CAGCAGAAAAGCCUAACACUUUAGAGGCUCUUUUCCUGCUGGAAUCUGGGUUAUCCUUAAAAACACAACGGAAUACGUGGAUCUAAUCAUUUUUCCACCCAGCCUCAGUUUUCCUGUCACACGUGGCAAACUUUCCACAGUUGCACUUCAAUAGAACCAUGAGGUUACUAUCUCUACAAAUCCUUGGGGUAAUAAUAUUACUAUUCACGGCUCUUGGUUUUAUCAUUCAGUUCCUGGCAACCCACUUCCAGAAAAUACCAAGUGAGACCUUUACUGUACAUCGCCAGCGUAACUCCCUCUCAACACUCUCAACACGAACUUGUUGGCCAAAAACUCACAUUAUGUUCCUGAAGACCCACAGGACUGCUGGAAGCCCCAUGCUAAAUAUGCUACAUCGCUAUGGGGACAGGAACUCACUCACGUUCGCUCUACCCCAGCAGUAUCAGUUCAACUACCCCAGCUUGUUCCAUGCUAGCAGGGUGAAAGGAUAUAAUGAGUUUAAAAAGACAAAGUAUGACAUCCUGUGCCACCACUUGCGCUUAAAUCUCCCAGAGGUCAGGAAGCUCAUGCCUGCAGACUCCUUCUACUUCACAAUUCUACGGGAUCCAGCCACCUUGGCUGAGUCUUCUUUUUAUUAUUAUCGCUUUGAGUCACCUGCCUUUAAGAAAGCCCCCGACUUUAAAGCAUUUUUAGCUCAGCCUGCCCUCUACUACAAACGAGGGGAGAAAGGAAACCAAUAUGCACGCAACUUGCAAUGGUUCGACCUGGGAUUUAACCCUGACACUCCAUUCAAGGAAUCUCUGGCCAAAGCAGGAGUCAGGGAGAUAGAGAGGGCUUUCCACCUGGUCCUUCUCUCUGAGUACUUUGAUGAAUCGAUGGUCCUGCUGAAGGAAGAACUUUGCUGGGAUCUUGAUGACGUGGUGACCUUUAAGCGGAAUAGCCGUGAGGCUUCCACACCACUGGAUAAAAGAGAGAAAGAGAUGUUACGAGCCUGGAAUUCCCUAGACCUGUAUCUUUAUGUCUACUUCAACCAUACGUUCUGGGAGAAAGUAGAGAAAUUUGGGAGAGAGCGGAUGGACAUUGAAGUUAGGGGGUUGAGAGAAAGAAGACAACAUCUAGCUGAGAUAUGUCUGGAGGGGGUGAAUCCCGUAAUAGUGGACCAGGACAAGAAGGAGGGCAUUAAGCCUUUUCACUUUAGGAAGGAGAAGACCAUGGAGUGGGUGGUUAAAAAGGAUCUUGAGCCCAACACUCGGGCACGGUGUGUUCAAAUGAUAACUCCAGAGCUGCAAUACAAGGACCUAUUGGACGCGAGGCAGUUUCCAGGAGGUGUCUGAAAUGUGUUUACUGGUAACACCAACCCAUAUAUAUAUAUAUAUACUGUAUAUAUAUGUAUAAACACAAAUAUAAAUAGAAGGAAUGUUCUCUGUGCCCAAUAAUCUAUAUCCUCAGGCUGUACUAUCUAUGGAAGAGAUCAAGAGGUUUCACUUUUUUCACUCUGGCCCUCUGGUGGUGGGUGAAAUCAAAUUAAUGUGAUCCUAUGGCCCUUAUGCAAUGAACAGACAAGAACUUUUGUACUGUGCUGCAGAAUAUGUUGGUGCUUUAUAAAUAACUGUUGACAAUAAUACAAGCAAAAACAAAAAAAGACAACUC